AUGCCUCCCGCCAAAGAUGCUACAAGUCAACUCGCUGGAACGAACGAGCCUUUUCGCAAGGCGGCGUCAACUGUCAUAGUCACGUUCGAGGUGGCAGCCGAUGCACGAGACCCUGGCCGCGAGGAUGAUGACGAGUACGACAACCGUGAAUUCCACCGGCAGAAACUGCGCAUGGGCUUCAAGGCUUGCUACGAACCACCCAUCGUUACCUUGAGGUUCAACGUUGGCAUCUUUGGCUAUGGCGAAGAUAAGAAGAAAGAGAAGACAACAUUAUACUUUGACGUUCCUCGACACCACAUCUCAUCGCUUGAAUCGACCCACCAUGUCGACGUCGCCACCGUCCCAGAACUUAGCCAAGAUGAUAUUGCCAAGCUUGCAGGUGGUAUUACACGUCUUCGUUUCCACCUCACACGCCCUGGCAACCUCAUCCAGCCUAGUAGAGAGCUCUCCCUCAAACCUGCCUCGCAACACACUCUCGCGUCUAUGACUUUGUUAGCCAAAACCCUCGAUUUUGUACUUCUCAUGCCACACACCACAUUAUCCAAACAACAGCUUCAAUGCCUUCAGCAAGCCGUCACAUCACCCAUCACUUUCCACGAUCAGCUGCAGCAGGAUAAGGAACAUGACUUCUGGCUGGCGGCUUUGUAUGGCGGCGCCGGCGGCAGGCUGCUCAACACUCGCGCUACCGCUGCUAGCCCACCACCAAACAAGAUUGACGACGUAAGCACGGCUUCCGAGUCAGGCGACUCUACCGUUGCUACGGCUACUCCACCAGCGUACCGCAGGUCAGCGGCACCUAGCGAUCACGGUGUUGAUGCUGUUGGCGAAACCAACGGCUUGAUCACGGCGUCUGAUUUUGCGGACGAGAUCACCGCAGCCGGUCCACCCCCUUAUGACUCGUUGGCGUCUGGGGACAAAACCUCUGCUCCAGCAGCUGAUAUGACAAAGAAGCAGGUGAGAAAACGUCUCCAGGAUAGCGUCAAAUUCGACACCAGAAAUUCCCGUAGGCGCCUAGGCAGUGAACCUUUGUUUGCGGGCGGUAAGCACUUGCACGCCGGGGACAUCGCCGGGACCUCGACAUUGGAAGAUGGUAAAGAGGCUGGCAUAUAUCUGCCAUAUCCUAGCGCACUCAUACUGGAAAAACUGGACGAAGUGCUGAGGAGAGCUCAGUACCUUGAGAAGGAGAAUGGGCUACUCAAGGCUGAAAUAUCUGCAAUGCGCGAGGGCCAAGACCAAAUGAAAGCUGAGCUAAAGGAGAUGGCUGAUCGAGACUACGACCGCUCCAAGAGAACUAAAGACUUAGAGAACGAGGAUGCAAACCUCGAAGAUCACAUUACGCAUCUGAGGCAGUGUCACGACGAUAUCGAGGAACGCCAAGCAGAACUCGAGGAUCGUCAAGGGAGGAUAGAGGAAAAGUGUGAUAAUAUUGAGCUCGAGAUCGUCGAUCAAGUUCACACUGCAUUAAGGGAAAGGCUUAUAAGUGCCCUAGAAACAAUAUGA